AUGGAAAAUGUCUCUGAUAACCACAUGAACGGAGGUAAAGGGGACGACUCCGUAGAGGAUCUUCACGCCUGUGACAGUUUGUUUGACGAGAGCGGCUCCGAGGAUGAUUUACUUCUCGCCGCUAACGUUGAAGAGCAGCUUCUGAUGCCUUUCUCGUGUUUUACCGAGAAGGAUCUACUGAGCGUCUUCAAUGUCUCCACACCGUACGGUGACCCUGUGCGUCUGCAUCCCGAAGAAGCACCUCCAAAGGAGACGCGACUGGAGGGCCCUGGGGUCCUGCGGGGUGUUCGUAUCCCUUCGCCGAAGAAGAAAAAGGAAACAUGCACGCACCGGAAGAAUAAAAGCAGCACGGAGAAGAAUACUCGACCUGCAGGCAAGAGGAAAGAGAAGCCAUCGAAUACUUCCUCAAAUCAAACUCGACGCCUGCGCACGAAAGGGUUCAUGAAGGCUCUUACACCAGAUGACCUCAAGGACGAUGAAGACUACAAGCGCUAG